AUGGUUCCCUAUAAUCCUAUUGACAGUCAUUCGAAAGACUUUGGUGUACGGGGAUGUGGUAGAAGUGUAGACCAUUAUUUUCUGUUGGAGAUGGAAGUGAAUGGGGAAACUUUUAAUGACUGGGGAGCUCUGGUGGUUGUCGAUGAAUUCGAGUCCAAGCCCGGAGAGGAUUAUGGUGAGACAGAAAGGAAUAACAUUGGUGAUAUUUGCACUAACGGUGUAAAUGGCGCUUCAGAUAACAGUAGUAUCAAUAUUAACAAUAAUGAAAAUUGUAAUAAUGACGUGCAUUUGGAUGAUCAGUCCAAGAAAUCAUCUUCUUCAUCUUCACCAGAGGUGGAAUUCAGAGGAAGUAUUGCAGAAAGAAGGGCUGCGAAGUUUGGUUUUGAUGCUUCAAGAAUCAAUGUGGCUAAGUUUGAAGUUUCCACUUCUCCAUCUUCGCCUCUUGUUCGAUCACCCUAUCUUACCAUACCAUCUGGGCUCAGCCCUGCAGCAUUGCUAGACUCACCAGUCAUGCUCCCCAAUUCUCAGCCAUCUCCCACUACUGGAACCCUUCAAUUACUUCAUUCCAACCAUGACAGCUUUGUGCUUAACUCAGACAGUCCUGCUGCUGAUAGGGAUAAGGGCAGUGCCAUUCAUACUUCGAACCCUUUCAAGCCUCCUGCUGAUCCAACUCCUAUUAUAUCAGGUCCCCUGAGUUCAGAAAAUCAGCUACCAAUGACUUCAAAAUCUCCACCAGAGUCUAGAAUUGAAGCUUCUGUAAAGAGCUGUGCCUUAGAAAGAUCAAUUAAAACAAACAUUUUCGAGACUAUGCCUCAGAAGGCUAACCAUGUGAACUCGCAAACACCAAAUAUAAGCGUCGUGAAUAAUCAAUUACCUCAUCUCAGAGAAGGUAUCAAAUCAGAAACAGGAAUACAAGAAUUACACCGGGAGGACCAAAAAGGGACAUAUCCAGGUGCUGCCGAAAUGUCCAGAAAUGCAGAAGAUGGCUACAGUUGGAGGAAGUAUGGGCAGAAACAUGUUAAAGGAAGUGAAUAUCCAAGGAGCUACUACAAAUGUAAUAACUCAAAUUGCCCCGUGAAGAAGAAGGUUGAGCGUUCCCACGAUGGCGAGAUAACAGAAAUCAUUUAUAAGGGUGCUCAUAAUCAUCCGAAACCUCACCCUCGCAUAAGCCUAGGUCCUCCAUCUCAAUCGAGUGAAAUGUUGGAGACAAGUGAAGGAAGUGAACCUGGUCUAAAAGCUGAAAACAGGACAGGUUGGAGAUUCAAUAACCAACUAAUCAGGAGUAAGGAUUUUAGAAUUACUUCAGAUUGGAGACCAAAUGGCAUGGAACGAACAUCUUCAACUUCUGUUUUGACGGAGAUUUUGGAUCCUUUAGCAACCACUCAAGGAAAAUCUGCCAAGGCAUUUGGAUCGACUGAAACUCCAGAGAUUGCAUUAACUGCUGCUUACCAAGAUGGGGAAGAUGACGAUCGGGCAACCCAAGGAAGCACAUCUCAGGGUGAUGAAGCUGAUGCAGAUGAAUCUGAGCCUAAAAGGAGGCAAGUUAUCUUCUACUUUUGUACUCUCCAAUCAUAUCUGCCAUCGAGGUCUACCCGUGAACCCAGAGUCAUAGUCCAGAUAGAAAGUGAAAUUGAUGUCCUGGAUGAUGGGUACCGCUGGAGAAAAUAUGGACAAAAGGUUGUAAAAGGAAAUCCAAACCCAAGGAGCUACUAUAAAUGCACGAGUGCAGGAUGCCCUGUAAGGAAGCAUGUUGAAAGGGCCUCUGACGAUAUAAAAUCAGUACUAACAACAUAUGAGGGGAAACACAACCAUGAAGUCCCCACAAACAAAACUAGCGGACUCCCAAGUGCUUCUAAUUCGCCCCCUGAUGUCUCUGAUCCUAACUCUUCCCUGAUAGUGCCCAGAAAUCCUAGCAUCUCCAACAGGGAAUUGCAAGUUCAGGAUCUUCCUCUUCACUAUGAAAUGAAACCAGCACUAGGAAAUCAUGACUUCCUGAGGUCUAACUUGCUAGGUGAUUUUGUGACUGAUCAUAUGCAGAUUGGAGCUUCGCCCAUCUACCAAAUGAAGUUCCCUCCUACUCCCCUGCAGAAUCCUUUAUCAUAUAGUACAUUCCUGAUGAACUCCAGCGGCAGUGAUAGUCGCGUAUCAUGCCAGAAGUUUCCUCCAGUUGUGCCCGAUUUCCCUAUGUCAAUACCCAUCAAUGUGCCAAGAUCAUCACCAAACAUGGCCCUGAAUAAUGCUUUUCAUUCUUAUAACCAUAACCAGACAAUUCCUAAUGCCACUGCAGUCCGAUGCCAGCACAUUACAGAGGGUGAUUUGAGGUUCCUCAGGCCUAAAGAGGAGAAGGAGGAUAACUUGUAUGAAACCUGCCUGGCAACCCCUGAUAAUUCAAAUGUGACAUCUUCAACAGAAUUUUGCCGGGCCAAUGGAAAUUUUCCAUCUUAA